AUGGAAUCUCUUGAAUCGCCGUUCCGCGGCCUUACCUGGGUUGACGAACUUUUCGGUCUUCAACCUCGAUGGUCCCUUGAGCCCGACAUUGAGGCUAUCAAGCAAACAGUACAGUACCUUCGGCCUUCAAGCACGAUUGAAGUGACAUUCCUCACCCAGGGUAGCUUCAACAAAAUCUAUGAGGUAAAAUCUGACGAUGAAAUGCUCAUCAUGCGAAUCGCAUUGCCCGUUGACCCAGUUCAUAGAACGAUAAGUGAAGUGGCAACCUUGGACUGGAUACAACGCACCACAACCAUUCCAGUUCCUAAGGUCAUCACUUAUGAAUCUUCCUGGGGUAAUCCGAUCGGAUUUGAAUGGAUUCUCAUGAACAAAAUUCCUGGAAAGCAGUUCGGCGACAUCUUCAGAACCCUUUCUUUUGCAACAAAAGAAAGUAUUGUCAAAGAGCUCGCAGCAUACUCUGUUGACCUUUAUCGAAACCAACUGCGAGGAAUUGGAAAUAUCCAUGACGUGUUAGCUAUCCCGGAUGUCGGUCGAAUUGUUGCCAUGCGUUUCUUCUGGGGUGAGAAUGUCCGUCGUGUUAUCAAUCGAGGUCAAUUUGCCUCAAGCAAGGACUGGCUCGCCUCCGGCGAUCAAGACAACGACGAGCACAAAGAAAAUCACGAUAACAAGGAUGAAAAACGUGACAAGAAUGAAGACGAUGGAGCCGAAGAAGCAAGUAAAACGUUGGAAAUGAUCGAGAAACUCAGAUUGAUUCUUCCCUCCGUCUUCCCGGAUACAUGUGAGCACCCGGAGCCUUCAAUGAUCUUCCACGACGACCUUUCUGUGGUCAAUUUCCUCGUCAAUGACAAUGGGAGAAUUGCUGGUGUGCUAGAUUGGGACUUCGUUUCAGCACUUCCUCUGUGGAAGGCCUGUGACUUCCCGAAUUUCUUGAAAGAGCAACCCCUGCCCCUCAAGCCCGAUAUUGGGAGUUACUUCAUUGAAGAUGAAGGGGAGGUUUGCGAAAUGUACUGGGAGGAUCUUUGGUACCACGAGGCAACCCUCCUUCGCGAUAUUUUCCUUGAUGAGAUGAGAAAACUGGAGCCAUAA